UUGGUCUGUCAAAUGAAGAAGAGGAAGACGAUGGCUGGCGCUGCGCUGCUAGCCGCCGCCGCGGUCGCCCUCAUCGUCUGCUCCCCGGCGUCGGCUGCCGGCAACGGACAGAACCGCCGUCGUCGUGCGGUAGUCCUCCCAGCGGUGUACGUGUUCGGGGACUCGCUGGUCGACGUCGGCAACAACGACUUCCUGCCGCCGCCGGCUCCCCAGGCGGGUUUCCCCUGCGGCGUCGACCUCCCUCGCGGCAACCCCGGCCGACGGACCGGGCGGUUCACCAACGGCUACAACCUCGCCGACUUCAUCGCACAACGUGUGGGGUUCAACAUGAGCCCACCAGCUUACCUCUCCUUGACGCCGCAAGUGAGCCUCGACCUCCUGAGCGGUCGGGUUGGGGCCAAUUAUGCUUCUGGUGGAUCGGGCAUCCUCGACGCUACUGGCAAUGGCACGAUCACCCUCCGAGAACAGAUCAAGUUUUUCGCGAACACCAAGGCAAGCAUGACCAAGACCGAUUUGGGCCAUAAUAAGGUCAACCGCUUGCUGUCCCGAUCCCUAUUCAUCAUCAGCACCGCAGGCAACGACUUCUCUGCAUUCAGUUACGGUAGAGCGAACAUGAGCGAUGCGUCGUCCUACAUCGCUAACAUGAUCUCCACCUACCUCAAGCACAUCAAGGUAUUAUACGACCUUGGGGCACGAAGGCUAGGAUUGCUCGAUGCGGUGCCCAUCGGAUGCUUGCCUGGCAGCAGGGCUUCCUCGAUAAACGAUGGCCCUUGCAAUGAUGCCUCCAACUCUCUUGCCCAGCAUUUCAACGCCCUACUCCGGCUUGAAAUGGCCAGUGCCACGGCUGCUUCCAUGCCUGGAAUGGAGUACUCCAUUGCCAGCGUCUACAACAUCAUCUCCGAUAUGAUCUCCAACCCACCGAUUGAUGGACUUGAGGAGGUUUCCAACGCGUGCUGCGGAGGAGGGAGGCUCAACGCGGAGGUCAGCUGCUCGGCGACCUCGAACCUCUGCACAGAUCGCAGCCGGUAUGUGUUCUGGGACAACGUCCACGAGACGCAGGCUGCAUACCAGCGAGCCGUCGCCGCCAUGUUCGAAGGCACGGCGGCGGCAAUGUACACAGAGCCCAUCACCUUCCAGCAGUUGGUCACCCAGAAACAGGUAGCUCCAGGCGCUGGGAUCGAUCUGGAGCAUUCAUCUGCGGACCUGGCUGCUGAGAUCUAGCCAAGUCACAAGGCAGGGCACAACUGUAUGAUUCUGGUCAAUUAGACUUUGGUUGGAAUCGUGCUGGUCAAUCGAAUUCCUUAGAAAAUGAACCUUUUGUGGCGAGAUUCCAUGGUACAUAGGCUCGGUUUGUUU